AUGACUUUUAAUUUCAACCCAUUUCCUGGGGACUCAAGUGGUGCAGCUAUCACAUCUAGCGUUUGUAGCCUGGAACUUUCAAGUAGCGGAAAUGGGACGUUAAACGUAUCGGAUCUCGAUGAAGACAUUGAGAUUGAUAUCCCUCUUAAUCCUAGUAACGGAGAAUCCGCUGAGCCAACCGGUUCUUUUCUCACCCCGAACAAGUUGACCAUCCACAGCUACUUCGCUGAGCUAGCUAACGUCCCUUUGUCGCUGUUCCUCGCAGGACAAGAUCAAGAUGCUGUAGUAGAGGUGCUAAUAAAAUAUGGAUCAAGGCCAUCGUUGGAUGACUUUGAUGAAAACUUCACUAUCACUUUAACCGCAUGUCAAAGUAAUGCAACCACGAUAAAUGAAAACCAAACAGGCUGCGGUUCUCAAUUACAGACAACGAUUACGGUUACCCCUCCAGAGCAAAGUUUAAUUUACGUGGGAAUCUUGACAUUUGGCGAGAAAAAUGUCACUGAGCACUCCAGAAAAAGACGGUCCUGUUUUGGAGGAGGUAGACAAAAACGAUCGUGUAUUGGUGUUAAGGAUCCGCCCCUAGAAGGCUUUAACAAGUCUGUCAUUCCAAAGUAUGAUCCAUUGACAGAUGUAAAUUACACUUUGACAAUGAGCCAAGCAAAUUGUUUGUACUGGUCUACUACGAUGGAAAAGUGGACGUCCGAUGGAUGUAAGGUAAGCUAUCGUCGAGAUAUCGAUAAAGCAUGGUUUAUUGAGGAUAAAGAGCAUCAAAUCCUUAUUAGGCAAUAGAGCGUUUUAACAUGACGUCACGGCCGCUAUUUUGGUGAUUCAAAACAAUGAAACGGCGGCCGUGUCGGUGUUGCAAACCAUUCCUGUGGGAGUUCAACUCUUUCUUUUAUGUAAACGCUUUUUUAGUGUAUAGAUGCUGGUCACGUGGGUUAAAACACUCUGUAAGUCCAAAUGGAAACCCUUACAGUUUUGAUGGAUGGUUAGUCACUCUGAAAUUUAUAUGAAUCCUAUUCCUUGGAGAUUAGUCUACCAUCACAAAUUAAACAACACGUGGGUUAAAGUUAUCAUUCUAUUGGGUCCUUAUUUGGUCUUUCGUGCCUUAGGUUGGCCUUGGCUCUGACAAAAAGAAGCUGAAGUGCCUUUGCAAUCAUUUAACAGCGUUCGGAGGAAACUUUAUACAGGCGCCAAAUCCCAUAGAUUUCGACAAAGUGUUCGUGGAAUUUACAAGACUAGGAGAAACUGGAAACGUAGCCGUGUUGAUAACGAUAUGUGUCGUGUUCCUCCUUUAUUUUGUGGUAACUGUCUUUGCAAGACGAGUGGACAAACGUGACGAAAAUAAGGUAUGAAAAUAGCUCCGAUCCAUAAGAAAUAAAUGACAUGCUCUAGAAAUAUCUAGUGCAAGAAGUAAUUUAAAAUUUCCAAACUAGCGUUUACUUUACCAACAAUCGGCGACAAAAUGAGUUGAGACACUUCGCCCAAAAGUAGGCUUUUUUACGAUUUAUGAACUUCAAAAGAAGGAAAUAUAGCUUUCCUCCCCCAUCCCGUCUAUACAAUGUUGAGCCCUUGUUCUAGCUACCUAUAGCAAACAACAAACACCCCAACUUUGAGGGGUGCGGAUUCUUUUGUUCUCCGUAGUCACCCUAUUUAAGUACAAUUUCUCAACAAUUUUGUCGCCGAUUGAAGAUACUUCAAAAACAAUUAGUAAAUAUAUAUAGCUCGAAGAGGCAGCGUGGCGUCGCACUCGCAAUCCUGCAGUCCCGGAUUCGGGUCCCGCUCCGACCACAAGCUGGUUUUGUUUCUCUUGAGCGUAGGGGAUCAGGAACGAGAUUGGUUAAUAGCCUGGAUAUAGCGAAAUACCGACCCAAAAACUGGCAUCUUGAGCAUAACCCUUUCAGUACCCGAGAUAGGCGUUGUAUACUAAAAGGUCCAAGAAGCUAAGGUCGUAGUAGGUCCUUUGAACGUUACUUUUUUUAUGACAAAAUAUUACAACUUCAAUCAAAGUAGAAUUACGAACUUCCAAAUAAGGACAUCUGCUGUCAAGUGUAACCAACAGAUAUGCUCCAAAUAUGGGGUCUAUCUUGUAUGCCUUCUCUUCUGAUGCUUCUCAUAAAAAGUAAGACUUGGACUGGAAAAAAAAUAUUCAAAGAAGCGGCUAAAAAAAGACGUCUCAAGAUUGGCCUGGACUGGACUGGGUAGGGGUAUCAAUAUACCCCUAGCGUUCCAAUAAGUGACUACAAUGGAACCUGUGAAAGGAAAAAAUACUAGUGAGGGUUCUAAAAUUUAUUUAUUGGCCAUGUGAAAAUAGGAUGGGUAAAUAAAUUAAUUAACCCGGAAAAACGUACCUUUGGCCAAUCUUUUAAAAACCUGAAAAUAAUCAUUGAAAAACCAAUGAAAGACCUUCGUUAUGUGGUUGGUAAGAAAGCAUUGUGACAUAACAUUUAUCUGGCUAUCCACAACAUGUAAAUCAUUCUGAUAUUCUAUUUUGCGACGUUUUCGUCCCUUAGAUUACCCCUCCGAGGACCGUAGUAGUUAAUGAAGGCGGAAGCUAUGUCUACGAAAUGGUGAUACGUACAGGUGUUUGGAAAGAUUCAGGUUCUACUGCGAACAUAUCACUUUGUAUAGACGGCAAGAUGGACGAAAGCAAGGAAAUCCAUUUGCGACGUAGGGGAGAAAAGCCUGAACUAUUUUCCCGUGGUGGUGUUGACGGUUUUGUGCUAACAACCAGUAACACUUACGGACCCCUGAAGGCAAUAACGUUAUCUCAUGAUAACUCUGGCAACGAUCCAUCGUGGUUUCUUGAAACGUUGAUCAUAAAGGAUAAACAAACUGGGGAAGUGUGGAAUUUCUUAGUGAAUAGGUGGCUUGCUGUUGAAAAGGGUGAUGGUCAAAUACAAGUUACAGUGCCAUGUUUCAACACAAGUGAUUUUGGAUUCUCAGAUCAGGUGCGAUCGAUGGCCCCUCGAAUUUUAGCCGAUAGUCAUAUUUGGUUGUCAGUUGUUGGCAAAGCAUCGAGCAGCACAUUCACACGAGUGCAAAGAGUGUCUUGUUGCCUUUCCGUUCUUUUUACUGCCAUGAUCGCAAACGCCAUGUUCUACAAUAUUGGCGGGGAAUCACUAGCGGCAAUUCGGGUUGGACCAUUUAAGUUCUCGUGGCAGCAGAUCGUCAUAGGAGUUCAAAGCGGAGUGAUUGUUGCGCCAGUGAACAUCCUGAUUGUACUACUCUUUCGCUUGAGCAGGCCAAGGCAGCGGAGAGAUGAUAAAUACAAAACUGGCACGGAUUCAUUUCAUCUUAUUGAGGAGGCGAGGAAAUCGAGGUUUACACUGCCCCACUGCUUCAUCUACAUCGGAUGGUUCCUUUGUAUCACCACGACACUAACAAGUGCCGCUUUCACGCUUUUUUACAGCCUUAUGUGGGGAAAAGAGCUUGCCGAGCAAUGGCUUGCAUCCAUAAUGACUUCUCUAGCUGAGGAUAUAUUCGCUGCGCAGCCAAUGAAAGUGUUACUAGUUGCUUGUGUAAUAUCCUUGUUGACAAUCCGACGAAAAAAGGGGUGUAACGCUGCAGUUAGAGAUGCAGAAACCUAUGGACAAAUGAGCGAUGGCGAGUUCGAUGAUGAUCCAAAGAAAACGUUGAGACGUUAUGAACUUUCAAAGAUGCGCGACAACAAGAAAAAGGACGUGAAACUACUAGGAAUGAUGAGACAAAUAAUUCUGCAUACCUUAUUCGUAUUCCUCAUGGCCAUCACUUGCUAUGGGAACAAAAACAACAACCGCUUCCUAAUGACAGCAGCGGUGAAGCAACCGUUUCUAAAGUUUGACAAGGUAAUUGCCUUUUCUUUCCGAGAGAAAGCCAAUGAUUCACAAUUUACAGAAUUACAUUAGCAACUAGAGGUAACAGGUACACCCUGACAAGUACUAAUCAGAUCAUAGGUUCUACUCCUAUGGGGAAUACUUUUGGAUUUUUCCUUCCGAAACGCCUUUGUCAGUGACUGAAAAAUUAUCGUUCUCAUGUUUUCACCUGAUGCUAAACAUUAAGCAAAAAAACAUAUAUAUGUAAGCCAUGGCUUAAAAUCGUUGUUAAAAGUAAAAUAUCGCUAGAAUGUCAAAGCGACGAGGGUGGAUAAGAGUUCACGCUUUUUUCUCCAUGUACAAGCCAAAGGGAAGCGGAAAUUGAACUAAUUACUAUCCAUGACUUUAUUCUAGUAUCUGGUGGUGGCAUAUAAAACAGGACUUUGAAUGGAGCAUCCCACAUUGUUCCCCCUAGUUCAAAAUAACAGUAGCGAAAGUGAAUAGAAAUUUUUUUAUAUAGGUCAACGUUACGUAACAAAAUUAUCACAAUCUAUUUCUUUUUCAACAGGUCACACAUCCGGACGUACUGAGGGGAUGGAUGGAUCAAUUUUUCAUACCAAACCUCUAUGCAGGGUUCUGGUACAAUAACCAAAAAGAGAUUAUGGAGGUUUACAUACACAAUAAAAAGUCUAUUUUGCUGGGAAUGCCACGAAUGAGACAAGUUAGAAUUAAGAGGAGUGAGUUCGAGUUUACUGUAAAUAGAAAGAUGAAGACCAUAUUAACUAUAAUUAGCCUAAAGGGACAAAAAACAAUGCCACCGGAUGAACGACCGAGCGCUUUAAAAAAACGUAUUAAAGGAACAUAAAGGGAACCUUUCAGUUGAUCUGUUGACAUGGCGAAAAUAAAGUGCUGGCCUCUUCUUUUGCUUUGUCAGGAAAAUUCUAAUUAUAUCAGAGGGCGAAAAAUUUAGAAACCGCCAUCUCGCCUAAAUCGGCUUUUUAAGAACACUUGUAAAUAACCUUCACGCACAGCCGACUUUCUUAGUGACUUCUUAUAGGGAUUAUUAAUUGUUUAUAUUUUUCUUUAGUUGACUUUUUGACUUUUUUUUGAAGGCACUUGUGGAGUUCUUAGUUUCAUCAACCCGCACUGCUAUUAUGACUACACUUUCGAAAACGAAGACAAAACCUUCAUGAGUCUUCCGGGAUGGAAAGAACUGCCUGUAAAUACGACAUGGCCUGAUUCACUUAAGAUGUGUCCACGACCAUGGCGAUACCAGAGUCCAGAACAUCUUGGGAAUGCUCUACCGACAUGGGGAACUUUCAAGCUGUAUAGUGGGGGUGGAUACAUAGCUGCCAUGGGAUAUAACGAAGAAACUGCAGGUGGGGUAGUCAAUGAAUUACAUGCUGAGGGAUGGAUUGAUCAACAAACCAGACUUGUAGUUAUUGAAUUCACGGUUUUCAACAUCAACACAAACCUAGUCAGCAUCGCUUCUUUCUUCUAUGAGGUUCUAGCUACUGGGGCUGCGUACACAACCAAGAAAGUGGAAACACUGGAGCUGUAUAGUACAGAAUCAGGCGCUCGAGAAUUUUAUCUCAUUUGCCAGUUUCUCUUCAUGUCUACGACACUUUAUUACUUCGUAUUGCUCCUGGUUAAUCUUUUUCGCCAACGAAUCAGCUUUUUUAAAUCCAUAUGGAAUUUAGUUGAAUUUUUGCAAGUUGUUUCUUCUGUGACAACAGUAACAUUCUACAUGCUCAAAGCUAAAAGUAUUUUAAGAAGUGUUAAAGCAAUACAGUCUAAUCCCUACGCAAUCAUUAACUUUCACACUGCACUGUCUUGGGCUGAGUGGGAAAAUGCAUCUAUUGCUGUCGCCGUAUUCAUGGCAACGUUAAAGUUUCUCAAUCUUCUUCGGGUUAACCCCCACGUCAUAUUUUUAUUUUCAUCUUUUCGCCAAUCUGUUGGUCAUCAAUUAUCCUUUAUGUUCAUUCUCCUGUUAAUCUUCAAUUCCUUUGCCAUGUCAGGAAUACUGAUUUUUGGUGGGUCCAUGUACGUGUAUUCUAGUUAUUUAAGAGCCACAGUAGGCCAAUUUGAAUUUCUGUUAGGUAAAGCAGUGCCGGUAGAAGGUCUUCGAGCUGAAAAUAGAAUUAUCGGUCCCAUAUUUGCCCUGUUUUAUGUGCUAACUUUGACCAUUUUCCUCAUGAACAUGUUCAUCUCUAUGCUCAAUGACGCGUACUCUGGUGCAAAGACAAAUGUCGAAGAUAGCGCUGAAGAUCUGGAACUCUCACACCAUCUUGAAGAGCGUUUGUUAGAACUUAUGGGGGAAAGGAGAGGCGGACGUGAUCUUACAAAGUUGUUCUGUGACGAAGCAAUUUUCGUGAACAUGUUCAGCUCCGAAGCAGAGCCAUUCUGCAAGAAUACUGAACGAAUUCUUCAGUGCACAUAUGAGCGAUUGAUUAAAGUAGAUCAGCGAAUUGCCAAGCUUAUUCGAAUGACUGAGACGGAAGAAAACGGUCAGCUUGAGGAAGACCGUGAGCUUAUUACCCUCAUAAGUAAAAUUAUCUUCAUUCCCCAAACUUGUGAGACUCAGGCUCAGGUUGCCUUUAUGUACUAG